GGUCGAGGUUAUUUGACAGCGCAUCCGAAUCUAAGACCAUUCCCUUCCAGGUUCAACGCCUGACCCGCUCGUGGUACCACCGACGGCGCAGUCCGAUCCGACAAUCGAUCAUAGAUGCCUCCCUGCCGAACAAAAUGCCCUGGCAACCGCUGCCUCGCAUCGCCUUCGCCAUAGCGACUUACCCCUUCGCUGCCUCGAGCCCCGCCGACCUCCCGCUCGAGCUUGGUGACGAGCUGUACAUCAUCGAGGAGACCCCCGACGGCAAUUGGCUCCGCGGGUACCUGGUAGCCCCUCCGAGCUUGCUCGCGGGACUGACCAGCGUCAAGGGACAGACCCUCGAGGCCCGUGUCUUCAGCGGCAUCUUCCCGCGCAGCUGCGUCGAAAUCCGUGAGGUCCUGGGCGAAGCCGACGAGACGGAUGACAACGACGUCGAGAGCGAGGAUGCGUCAGCAUUACCACACCUGGGAGGAGCCGACUCAGCAAAAAGCGGGAUAGAAGGGAACAAUGCUGAAAAGAAGAGGAGGAAAGGCCGCCAGAAGACCCCAACCAAAGGCUGGAGGGAACAUCAUGGCUUGCACAAUGGCGUUCCAGGCCAACUCUCGUUGCCCAUGAAGCGCGAUCCCAAUGCCCCCCGCCCGCCUGCGCCUGUACCCAUGCUCAAGAUCGGAGACGAGACCCCUACUUCUGCCUCCGAGCCGCUGAUUGACGAGAUCGCUUCUUGUCUCCGCGAAUGGCACUCGACUAACCUCCACGAGUUGCUGCUGUCGCGGCAGUACAGCAAGCUGGAUACUAUGUCGCGACUUACAACUAGGCUCAACGUAGCGCGGCAGCAAUUCCUGCACGACGUACUAACGGCACGGGAGUACGAGCUCCUUCGAGAAAAGACGGUAUGGGAUCUGGUCCGUGUCAACAAGCUAUGCGGUGGGGAGGUAAUCGUCCGCGACCCACACGAGCGCGGCCGAGUGCUCACGGGAGAUGACUCGGUGGUGGAGAUAACGAAACUGCAGUCCAUCAUGAGCCUCCUCGACGAAACCCCGACUCAUGCGGUCGAGCUGACUGCGCUGUACCACCUGCUCGUAGACAUCAAGGGCUUCGCUGGCGCCUCCACCGAGGCCACUACCCUGGUGCUAUACCUGGCCACCAAGACCGCCGGAGGACCCCUGACGCCCAUAUCGGAAAAUUACAUCGUCGAGAUGCCGCCUGGUGGGCAAAUGGUCCACUUGGCGCGGAACGCCCACAUGCGCACUCUCUUCGCCGACUUGACCGCGGCUGAGAUCGGCGAUGUCUCCUCAGUCGACUCGGAGCUCUUUCUCGUAGUCAAAAUCCAUGCAGCCCAGCCAGUCAUCGCAAUUAAGCCCAGUUCCCGGUCCGGAACCGGGUCGCAGGGCCUGCCGCCAUUGUCUAAAGAACAUUCAAAGCCGCCAUUGUCUGCCGGGGGCAAAUCAGUCCGUAGGAGUCUGAUGUGGGCGGGCAAGAGCACGAGGUCCGCCUUCUCGAGGGGCAACACGAGGCUUGAUUCGCUCUCAGAGCAGCCGGAAGAAGCAGUAUCACCGAGCACAGCAGGUGGCGAGAGCAGGGAUGGACUACCUCCGAGUACGGCCAACUCGAAGGCCGGGCGUGCAUCUGUCGAUGGCCAUGUCACGCAGACGGCCGAUAGGAUGGUCGGUGUCGGGUCGCUGAAGUUGAACGCUGUCAUGAAGCAGGACGAAGAGGUUGAGCACAUCGUGAGCAUCUGGGCGCCUUCUGCCCGGCUGGGAUCCGAAAGGCAGGACAGCGAGGAAUGGGACACGGUAAUACGCGAGGUCAUGGAAAGCAAGACAGGUAACUACGACAAGUCGAGGCGGGCAGAGCGUCUGCAGCUACACCUUCGGGCCUUCAACAACCCGGAUGCGGACGCGCUGAUCAAAGCCACCCCAACAUUGCUGUCCAAUAUCAGCAAGACAAGCAAGAUGGGCUUCGCGGGUGCUCCGACCAAGCCGCGUUCCGACAUAUACCUGACAAUCGACGCUGCCAUCCUCAACAGGCAAACCCUGUUGUCCCGAUAUGGCGGCAGCCCACAAGCGCUUCCGAGCAGUCUCCACGGACAUAACCUGCAAGUCACCCUGGAGGUACGCAGGUCCAACGGCGAGCGAGUCGACAGUUGCAUCUACCCCUCGUCAAAUGCCGAACCGACCAGCACCUGGAAGACGGCCGUAACCGAGUACGGCGACCCAUGGCGGCAGUCCGUUAAGCUUGUCCUCACCCCUCAGGAUGUGCACCAGGGUCAUGUGGUGAUGCAUCUCGCUGACGCGCCCAAUCCACCGUUUGCGGUAGCAUACCUGCCUCUGUGGGACCAACAGGCUUUCAUUCGCGACGGGAGACACGGAUUGUUGCUCUACAAGCUGGAUGAGCACACAAACAUGGCUCAGCCUGGUGCCCAGGGCAAGGGCGGAUACCUCAGCCUGCCCUUCUGUGCCAAGGGCAAGGACGAACAUCAGGCCGAGGUGACAGGGCCGCUCGCCACGGUGCGCGUGGAAACCUAUCUCUGCAGCACCAGGUUCUCCCAGGACAGGGUGGUGUUGGGCCUGCUGUCCUGGAAGGAUUCGUCUCGAGAAGGGAUUCCGGUCCUCUUGAAGCAGUUCAUCUUCGUUGCCGAGAUCGAGGUAGUCAAGUUGCUGAACGAUGUCCUGGAUGCGCUUUUCGGAAUCCUGGUCGAGUAUUCUGGCAACGACGACUACGAGGACCUCGUCUUCACCGCACUCGUCCGAGUGCUGGAUAUUUGCCACGAUAGGCGCUUCAACCUGGCCCCGCUGAUCGACCAGUACGCUGAGAGCAGGUUCAACUACCCGUUUGCAACAGCCUGCUUGAUCAGAUCCUUCACCCGGCUAUUGUCCAAGCCCACCGAUCCUGAGACGGCGAGGAAGCUCCGUGCGACCUUCAAGGUCGCGAAGCACAUCCUGAAGUUCAUCACGCACGCCCGGGGCCAGCAGAAGGCGAAAGAGGUCGAUAUUGGCAUUACAGAGUCGAAGGGCAGCUUCACUCGCCACUUGCGGGUCAUCUUCAAGGCCCUCGAUGCCAUGAUGCGCAGCUCGGCCCCAGUCCUGGUGGGCAGCCAGACCCUUGCCGUCCAGCACUUUCACACAUGGCUUCCGGAGCUUGCCGGCCUGUUGACCACGGAGGAGAUCCUGCAUAUCGCUAUUGACUUUAUGGAUUCUUGCUCCGCAGUCAAGGGCAAACUGGUGCUAUACAAGCUGGUGCUUAUCAUCAACUACGCCAAGCUCGACAUAUUCUCCCACCCCGAGCAGCGAUCCGCCUUGAGCGCUAACACCGUCAGGUGGAUUGCGCCGCACUGGGGCCACACCGACGAGGUUACAGACCAGUGGAAGGAGCAGGUCCGCCUCUGCUGCUCCGUCCUCGCCAGCCAGAUCGAGCACCUGGGCCCCGAAAUCCCCGAUUACAUCCCCAAGAUCAUCCAGUCCUACCUCGCUCUCCUUGCCGUCCCAAAAAGACCCAAGGACCGCCUCUCGCUCCUCUUCCCGACCACAUACCCAUUCCCCACCAAGCCUAUUGCCGGAGAUGCCGUCUUCGACGAAGCCCUGAUCGAGCUCUCAGCCGUCCUCUCCGCGCUGUCCAAUUCCCCCAGCGGCAUGCAGCUCGAGCUGGCCGAGGACGACCUCCACGUGGUCGUCGAGAACUGCCUGCGCGUGCACAUGAGCAUCCUCCAGGGGGAGACGUUUCCCUCCGACUGGCUCAGCGUGCACAUCUUCCACCACAAAUCCACCAUGCGCACCCUGCAGUAUCUCGCCGGCAUCCUUCUCGAGUCCUUCCUCCCGGACCCGGACGAGGCGGAAAACUUCAACACAGAGCUGUGGAAGCUCUUCUUCACCACGCUGCUGCAGCUCGUGGGCAGCCCCUCGCUCGCGCUGGAGACCUUCCCGGAGCAGAAGAGGCGGGCCGUGUGGAAGAUCGCGGGCGAUGUGAGGGAGCAUGGCGCCGAGCUGCUCCGGAAGACGUGGGAGGCUAUCGGCUGGGACACGACUGUCGAGGAGAGGGCGAGGUACGGCCUGUCCAAGAUGGGCGGGUACCAGGUGCAGUACGUGCCGACGCUGGUGGGGCCGAUCGUCGAGUUGUGUCUGAGCGUGCAUGAGGGCCUCCGGAGGAUGGCGGUCGAGGUGCUCCAGACCAUGAUCGUGAGCGAGUGGACGCUCAGCGAGGACUUGUCGGUGAUCCAGACCGAGUUGAUCGACUGUCUGGAUGUCUAUUUCAAGACAAAGCCGUUGACGGAGAGCAUUCUGCAGAAACUGUUUGUAGGCGAGCUGUUGGAUCGGUUUGAGCCGCUGGCGAAGAUCAAGGACGAACCGCUCUAUGCCGCGCUGCGAGAGCUCACCGACACGGUGGACGUAUUCUUGGAUCUGCUGGUGGCCGUCCACAGCGGAGACGGGUCUGGAGAGGCGUCGCACCUCAUCCACCGCCUACGGCUGAUGGAGUUCCUACGAGAUAUGCAGAAGGAGGAGAUCUUCAUCCGCUAUGUGCACCAACUGGCGAACCUCCAAGUUGAGGCUAGGAAUCAUGCGGAGGCCGGCUUGGCCCUUCGGCUUCAUGCGGAUCUGUACGACUGGGACCCGCUCAAGACGACGCCCGCGCUUCAAGACCCGGAGUUCCCGGCCCAGAGCCACUUCGAGCGGAAAGAGCGCAUCUACUUUGACAUGAUCAAGCACUUUGAGGACGGCGAAGCCUGGAGCAGUGCGCUGGCCGCGUACAAGGAGCUGCAGGCGCAGUACGAGACGAACACGUUCGACUUCGCCAAGCUCGCCCGCACCGAGCGCGCCAUCGCCACCAUCUACGAGACAAUCGCGAAGAGCGACAAGCUCGUGCCCAAGUACUUCAAGGUCGCCUUCAAGGGCCUCGGCUUCCCCACCAGCGUGCGAGAUAAGGAGUAUGUCUUCGAGGGCUCGCCCGCCGAGCGCACGUCCAGCUUCACCGACCGCAUGCAGGAGAUGUACCGGUCGGCGCGCAUUGUCACCAGCGACCACAUCGAGGACGUGGAGGGCCAGUUCCUCGUCGUUUCCGCGCUGAGCCCGCACAGGGACCUGGGCCAUCACGUCUUCCAGCGCGCGAGAGUGCCGCAAGUCAUCCGGGAUUAUCUCGUGUCGGCGCACCCGCAGAGCUUCUCGGUCAGCUCCAAGCGACACACCACGGGCCCCGUCACGGAGCAUUACGCCGAGAAGAUCGUGUACACCACGGCGGAACCGUUCCCGACGAUCCUGCGUCGCAGCGAGAUCGUGUCGGUGCAGGAGUUGCGGCUUUCGGCGAAGGAGACGGCGCUCGAGCGCAUCGUGCGCAAGACGGCCGAGAUGUCGGCGCUCGAGAAGAAGGUUGCCGAUGGCGAGGCCGGCAGCGAUGCGGCGCAGCUGCUGGUGGAUGCUGUGAGCAUCAGCGUGAAUCCCAACUCCGAGAACAGCGUGGUGGCGUAUCGGGAGUUGAUCCCGGGCAUGUCGAGGACCGGCGAGGGCUCGCCAGGUAGGGGCGGUGAGCUGGAGGAUGAGGAGGUGGAAGUGCCGGAGCUGGAUCCGCAGGAGAAUGCCAUCAAGAUGGCGCUUGUGGACCACGCCAUCAUGCUGAAGCGGUGUCUGGCGACGUUCGCGAAGAGUGGGAAUGAGACCCUCACCAAGCACCUCGAGGAUCUUCAGCGAUUGUUCGAAACCACUUACGCGCCGGAAAUCGCCGUCUUCACCCCAGCCCAACCCAUCCGCGACACCACCGCUCCCUCGCCAACAUGGCAGCGCUCUCCAACCUCCACCAUCGGUGGCGUGCCCCGCCAAAGGGAGGCCAUCACCCGGUCCAACUCCGUCAACGUGCCGGAGGAAGUCACCAUCGUGCAGCCGCAGCCCGUCUCUCUCCGCCAAGGCCGCGGCGCCCGCCUCAGCUUCCUGGGCGGCCGUAAGAAGGACCAAGCCCAGAAGCAGGAGGUCAACGGAGACCACACCCCAGCCACAAUACCCGAGGAAGAACCCGCCAAGGUCAACGGUACUCCGUCCACCGCCAAGGAUGGUGGGACCGGGAUCGCGAACCACAGGCGGUCUUUCUUCCGCACCCUGCCCCCGAUCAACACAGCCACCGCUGAUGCCGGUACCGCUUCCAGCAGAGCCGGGGGAAUAGGGCCACUGCACCAGGCCAAGCGCAACGGGACGGCCGGCAGCCAGACCAGCGGCAACAGUAGCAACCCUAACAGGGAGUGGGUUACUGAUGUCAGCGCGGGGAACAGUUCGGUGGUCAUCUCGGAGAAGGAGGGCCAUCAACCGAGGGUGUACGAGACACAGGUGCUGAGCCCGGGACAGGGUAGUCAUUCCAUCGUGGGCCACGGGGUGGGCAGUGUCAGGAAGAGGCUGAGUCUGCUCAGGCUCGGGAAGAAGAGUAGUCGGGAGAGAAGUGGCACAGGCGGGUUGGCGGGGCUCGAUGAGGAGUAACCCAACAGAGUGCGCUGAGGCCUCCCCUGGUUAAGGCAGGGAGGGGUAUACAACGUCCACAUACCACACAGAACACCAUGGCGUUCGGUUUCCUUUGUUGCUCUCUUCUUUUCUUCGUUUUUAAUGUUUCGAUGUUGAUUCCAUCCCUUUUAACUGGCGACUUCAGUUUCUGUCUUGUCUGGAUAUACCAACCUCGUAUACCACUGUACUAGUACAUUCU